UCCCACCUCCCUACCCUGCCCGCCAUGUUCUGGAGGAGGAGGAGAGAUACGUGUAGCUCUGGCUUUAGCAGGAUUAGCAUUAGCAGCACRUCGCUAGGCGGAGGCGCAACAAGCUCCUUGAMCGCCGAAAUAAGUACUCCGUCGUGAUUCGCUCCCUUACGUAGYCGGGCUUCYCCAAAGGUUUGUUUCCGUGGACUAACAGCAAAACUGGACUUGUUCCUAAAAACUGCGGUGACAGUGAGGUCUUGUGUGCAGCCAGCACCGUUCGUGUGGAGAUGAUUUUAACAGAUGCUGUUCAUGAGGACUCAGGAACACUGCGUUGGCCUGGAGAAGCCUCUUAAACACACAUAGCAAUCCCAGACACAAAAGGAUUAAAACCAACGUGACAAAGGGCAGUAGCAGUUGGAAGUAACAAACGUCUGGAGGAUACAAACUCUCUCACCCUUUGUGGCGACUUUCAAACUUUGACACUGCUAUAGUGUCCAAAUUUCUCUCAAACAAGAGAGUGCAUUUUUCUUUUUCUUCCUGUCUGUCCCAUCUUCAUCAACACCGCCAUCAUGCCAAGCACCAUCCGCCGGCAGAUGAAAAACGUGGUUAACAACUACUCUGACGCUGAGAAGAAAGUCAGGGAGGCCACGUCCAACGACCCCUGGGGCCCUUCAUCCUCGCUCAUGUCGGAGAUCGCAGACCUCACCUACAACGUGGUGGCCUUCAGCGAAAUAAUGAACAUGAUCUGGAAACGGCUCAACGACCACGGAAAGAACUGGCGUCACGUGUACAAAGCCCUCACCCUGCUUGACUACCUGAUCAAAACGGGCUCGGAGAGAGUGGCUCUGCAGUGCAAGGAGAACAUCUUUGCCAUCCAGACACUGAAGGACUUCCAGUACAUCGACAGAGACGGCAAAGACCAGGGCAUCAACGUCAGGGAGAAGAGCAAGCAGCUAGUGGUCUUGCUCAAAGAUGAGGAACGCCUUAAAGGAGAGAGGUCCCAGGCUUUGAAGACUAAGGAGCGUAUGGCCCAGGUGUCCACGGGGAGCAGUCAGACGGGUUUUGGCCGAGGCUCGUCCCAGCCCAACCUCUCCACGUCCUACAGUGAGGAGUAUGGCAGAUCAGAGGGCUCACCUGCCUCCUACCAUGGCUGAGGAACGCCUACGUAGAGGGGACGACCUGAGACUACAGAUGGCCUUGGAAGAAAGUAAGAAAGAAGGUCCAGGCUCAGCGAAACUCCCCAAGAAGAAGAAAGAGCCACAAUCAUCUUUGAUGGAUCUSAUGGAUGUYCCUGAGCCAAGUGCCAGGGCUGACCCGUGGGGCGGAGGCGGGGCCGGUGCUGGGGCCGCAGCUGCAGCAGCAGACCCAUGGCAUCCUUAUGGGUCUGCACCCAAACCAGCUGUACCCUCUGACCCGUGGGGCGCUCCAUCUUCUGUCCCAUCCAUGAAAAGCAGUGAUCCAUGGGCRUCAAACUCCACUCCUGCCUCUGAUCCCUGGGGUUCUGCAGCUGCCCGCCCCAAGACCUCCAACACAGGUAGCUUUGACCUGUUCAGUACGUCCAAUGGUACAUCCAAAGAAGACUUCUCAGAGUUUGACAGCCUGCGCUCUUCCUCCUCUGUCCCCACUGUUGAAGGAGGCAUUGCAUCCUCUGUCCCUUCACAAGUCAGCCUUGCUAGUAGCGGCAGCCUGGACUUCUUUGACCCCCUGCCCUCCUCAGCAUCUCUCACCACAAAUCCAACUAGAAAGACUCCAGAGUCCUUCCUGGGACCCAAUGCUGCCCUGGUCAAUUUGGACUCUCUGGUGUCCAAACCAGCCCAGCCGGCACCAACUGUUAACCCAUUCUUAGCUUCCACAGGUGGUUCUGCUCCAGCUUCCCACGUCAACCCGUUCCAAGUGGGCCAGCCGGUUCCCCCCACACUCAACCAGAUGCGCGUCAGCCCGAUGCCCUCUGGCUUCGGUGGCGUGGCGGAGCCCCUGCCCCUCUCCUCCACUCCGCCUGCCUCCAUGGUCCCCCUGGCAGGGAUGGCCCCCAUGGGUCGCGGGGUGCCAGGAAUGGGCGCCGCGGGAGCGACGGGGACGAGCGCAGGGAUGAGCGCCGGGAUCCCCGCCUCCAUGUCCAUGCCCCAGCCGCUGAUGAGCAUGCCCCCCCAGGCGGGGACGCAACCUGCCGGAACCACUAACCCCUUUCUUUUGUGAAAAGGUGACGAGGCGAGGCGAUCCGUGUGUGUGUGUGUGUGUGUGUGUGUGUGUGUGUGUGUGUGUGUGUGUGUGUGUGUGUGUGUGUGUG